GGUUUUGAAUUUCAUAAACUAGUACUAGUUUUCUUUUAGAUAUUACGAUAACUCAUAUACAAAUACAUACAUACAUACAUACAUAAACAUAUACAAAUACAAUGGAUUUCUCCUACGAUAACGUUGUUCCAUCCUUUAGAUUAGAUGGUAAAUUAGCUAUUAUCACUGGUGGAUCAGGUGGUUUAGCUUCAGUCAUUUCAAGAGCUUUAUUGGCUCAAGGAGCAGAUGUAGCCUUAAUUGAUGUUAAUUUAGAAAGAACUACUAGUGCUGCUAAAGAAUUAUUGAAAUGGGGUGAAGACACUCUUAAGGGUAAGCAUGAAUCACCAAUUGGAAAAGUCAGUGCUUGGUCUUGUAACAUUGGUGACGCUGAAGCCGUUGAAGUUACUUUUACUAGCAUUAAUGAACAUCACGAAAAGAUUGCAUCUGUCUUGAUCAACACAGCUGGUUACUGUGAAAAUUUCCCAGCCGAAGAAUAUCCAGCUUCUAAUGCUGAAAAUCUUAUGAAAGUAAAUGGUUUAGGUUCAUUCUACGUUUCUCAAUCAUUUGCUAGACCAUUAAUUCAAAACAAUUUGAAAGGUUCUAUUAUCUUGAUUGGUUCUAUGUCUGGUACUAUUGUAAAUGAUCCUCAACCUCAAGCUAUGUAUAAUAUGUCUAAAGCUGGUGUUAUUCAUUUAGCUAGAUCAUUAGCUUGUGAAUGGGCCAAAUAUAACAUUAGAGUCAAUACUUUAUCUCCAGGUUACAUUUUAACUCCAUUAACUAGAAAUGUCAUUUCUGGUCAUACUGAAAUGAAAGAAGCUUGGGAAUCAAAGAUUCCAAUGAAGAGAAUGGCUGAACCAAAAGAAUUUGUUGGAUCAAUCUUAUUCUUAGCUUCUGAAACCGCCUCAUCUUAUACCACUGGUCACAAUUUAGUUGUUGAUGGUGGUUAUGAGUGUUGGUAAAAAGUAAGAUGCUCAGUCAUUCAAAAUUCAAAAUUCAAAAUGAAACAAAAAAAAAACCAAAAGAAAUAAUCAUUCAAAAUGCAAGGUGUAUAUUAGUCUUUAGCUGUUAAUCCGAUUCGUAUUUUUAUAGAUCUUUCUCUCCUGUGAUUGCACAGCUCCCUUAUUAAUUAAUUAAUU